CUCUUCGGUCUUUCCAUAUAAAGAAUAAAAUUGCAUCACAUACCUCUUCUACGAAUCUAUAUACGAACAUCUAAAAAAGUUUUUGUCAAGCUUCUCCAUCUUCUACUUCUGUGCUUCCUUUUCUCCUUACUACUCACACCUAUAAUUUUCAAGCAUAUUUGGAGAAAAUAAUAAGAUGGGAAGAGGAAAGAUUGCAAUUAGAAGGAUUGACAAUUCAACAAGCAGGCAAGUGACUUUCUCAAAAAGAAGAAAUGGAUUGUUGAAGAAAGCAAAAGAAUUAUCCAUUCUUUGUGAUGCUGAAGUUGGAUUGAUUGUCUUUUCCAGCACUGGAAAGCUUUAUGAUUAUUCAAGCACUAGUAUGAAAUCUGUUAUUGAGCGCUACAACAAACAGAAAGAGGAACAACAUCAGCUAAUGAAUCCAGAUUCAGAAGUGAAGUUUUGGCAGACAGAAGCAGCAACCCUGAGACAACAACUGCAGUACUUGCAAGAAAGCCAUAGGCAAUUGAUGGGUGAAGGACUUUCUGGGUUGGGUAUUAAAGAACUACAAAAUCUGGAAAACCAACUGGAGAUUAGUCUGAAGGGUGUUCGAAUGAAAAAGGAUCAUAUCUUGACUAAUGAGAUUAAAGAGCUGCACCAAAAGGGAAACCUUGUCCAUCAAGAAAAUGUAGAACUCCAUAAAAAGAUGGAUCUAGUCCAAAAAGAAAAUGCAGAGCUACUGAAGAAGGUUUAUGAAGCAAGGAGUACAAAUGAAGAAAAUGCAGCAACCAAUCUUUCACGCACUAUCAGAAAUGGAUUUGAUUUACAUGCACCUAUCAGUCUCCAGCUAAGCCAGCCACAGCCUCAAUACAGUGAACCAGCAGCCAAAGUCAUGAAAUUAGGGUAUUCCCUUGAACUGAUAAUGUACAGCAUAUAGCAUCAGUCUACACCUGUUCUUUCUAAUUUAUUCAGAAACUAAAAAACUAAAUUAUGAACCAGAUUACAGCUGCAUUAACAAGAACUGCUCAAUAUGCACCUAUGCUUUCAUUUCUGAAAAGCUGUCAUGAACCAGUUAAAACAUAUGAUCGUGCUGCUAUGUGUGGGAUCCUGUAGUUCAACAACCAUAUUGUUCAAUUCAACAGAAUAGGGUAUGAAAUUGUCUAUCAACAAGCUUACAAUUGCUGUUAAGAUUAAGACAUAAUGACUACCUCUGUAAAUUUUAUGCAAUAAAGACAUCAAUGAUUGUGCCUGGUGUUGUUUUAUAUAA